AUGAAGGUGGAUUUGAGAAAAGCAUAUGAUUCCAUAGAAUGGUGCUUUCUGCAAAGUAUGAUGGCUGAGCUUGGCUUCCCCUACAAGUUUAUUAAAUGGACUAUGGAGUGUAUAUCUACAGUUUCCUACUCCUUGGUCAUAAAUGGAGGCUUGGCUAAACCUUUCCCUGGCAAAAGAGGUAUUAGACAGGGUGAUCCAAUGUCACCCUAUCUAUUUGUGGUAGCAAUGGAAUACUUGCAAAGGGAACUGAGUUUAAUGAUCACUAAUAGGGCCUUCAAAUUUCAUCCAAGGUGUAAAAGCUUAGGGGUAACUCAUAUCUGUUUUGCGGAUGACCUGCUUCUAUGCUAUAAGGCUGAACUUCCACCUGUCCAACUGAUCCAAGAUGCUUUUAGGAGGUUCUCUGUAGUAUCUAGGCUCCAAUAA